GUUUCAAAGAAUAUGCCAGUCCGACCUAAUCCUGAUUCUCUCCGAACCCUCACACUAGAGACGAUCUGUGUAAACUAUGACCUCCUAGUGUACGGAUGUCUGGAGAGGAAAGAUGUUAAUAAACUUUUAGACUCUGACAUGGAGGAGUAUAAAAGCGUAACAGGACCAUUUUCGGAGUAUCCCAGUUCUCUUCUAGAGGAUCUUAUUCAGAUGAUGAGUGAAAAAAGAGGAUUACCAAAGCAAUCUCUUCAUCAGCUGCUUUUACCCCAGCUUCAGGCGUAUACGGUGAUUAUGCGAGCUUCAAGACAUAUACAAACACAACUUCUUGUCAACUGUAAACAGCUCAGGAAACUAGAGUUUACUUCAUGCAAAACCAUUCAACCUCUCUUUUACAACAAGUUUUUUGCGAAUUUUCCAUUUCUUGUAAUUCUGAACCUGGAGGGAACGAUACUUGACAAUGAAGCUUUCAACACCAUCGGGAGAACAUGCUCUAAUCUCAGAAGUUUGAAUGUUGCUGACAGUACAAUAACAGACGGGGGACUUUAUCAUCUUGUACAUACGCCAGAGGAACCCCGAGUAAGAAAUAUAUCGACUGUGAAUAUAUUGAAUACCCGGCUUUCGGACGAAGCCGUUGCUAAAUUCACUCUCAGUCAUCCUGGCCUUCUCAAACUAAGUGUGAAGAACAUGUCACCAAUGUUUACAAGAAUCAGAGAGAUGACAGAUUUACAGGAUUUGAAGAAAAAUAACAUUUUUCAACUGAGAAUCCUAAAUUUCUGUGAAGGAAAUGUUGAUGAGAAAGCUGUUCAGUUGGGAUUAGAGGUCUGUCCCUUUACAGAAUCAUUAGUUAUCAGGCAAACAGAUCUAAGGUUAGUGGUCGUAAAGGGAGUGCAUACACAAUUUUGUGGCCGUAAAGGGAUUAUAUACACAACUUUGUGGUCGUAAAGGGAGUAUAUACACAAUUUUGUGGUCGUAAAGGGAGUAUAUACACAACUUUGUGGUCGUAAAGGGAGUAUACACAACUCAGAGGUCGUAAAGGGAUUAUAUACACAAUUUUGUUUUUUGUAAAGGGAUUAUAUACACAACUUUGUGGUCGUAAAGGGAGUAUACACAACUCAGAGGUCGUAAAGGGAUUAUAUACACAACUUUGUGGUCGAAAGGGAUUAUAUACACAACUUUGUGGUCGUAAAGGGAUUUUUACACUACUUUGUGGUCGUAAAGGGAGUAUAUACAAAACUUUGUGGUCGUAAAGGGAUUAUAUACACAACUUUGUGAUCGUACAGGAAUUGUAAACACAACUUUGGUCAGUGGUCAUAAAGGGAACACAACUUUGUGAUCGUAAAGAAAUUGUAAACACAACG